AUGGGCAACGCAUACACGAUUGAACUGCCCCGUAAGAUGCGUGCGCAUCCUACGUUUUACGUUGGUCGUCUCCGCCCGUACUAUCAGUACGAGCCCGUUUCGAGAUGCGAAGAACACCUCUGCGGUCGAGAUCCGAGGCCACAUUCGAGUGGUCCCGUUUCAACGAGCCAGUCUGGUCGACUAGCGAAGCGACCUGUUCAUGCAGUUGAGCGAUGUCUCGACGAGCUACAGCCAGCUCGUCACGAAGAAAACGAGUCGAACAUUCGUUCUCAAGUUGUGCGAAUGCAAACGCGGCACGAUCGUCCGAGCGAUCGUGCGUUUGGGAAUUAUUAUCAUCUUUUACGAGAUCAUGGAGCUCGUGUGCCAAGUCCGUUCAUGAGCCAGGUCAUCGUGAUACUAAUCCGUUACACGGUUCAGCUCCUGAACAUCAAGCUGUCCGACCUCGAGACGAUCCAGGUGUUCCCGCCACCACCACAUCCUCUGGUGGAUUCUGGCGGUGGUCAACGCUUCCUAGUGAAGCGUAUUUUGACCCACCGCGAUGUGAAUGGCGUCCGGACGAGUUACCUCGUCCGCUGGUGUGCCUACCCACAAGCGUGGGACAGCUGGAAGCCUCGUGCCCAGCUGAUAGCUGAUGUCCUUGGUCUCGUCGAGAAUUAUGACGAGACCCACCUGCUGCGUUCGAAGAAAGGCCUUCAGAAAACUCCUCCCCGAACGCGAGUACAGGGAUUGCAAGGUGUCAAUCCCUUCGGCCAUCUCAGCAGAGAUGCGAUCCUUUCAGUACGGAUCAUUAGGUAG